GGGCCCCCGCUGGCCCCUUCCGGCCGGUCGCCGCGUGGCUCCGCCCUCCCCAAGAUGGCGGCGCUGGGUGUAAACAAGGUCGCGGCCAGCACCGGACUGGAAGCUAGCCGGGGGCUCGGCGGCAGCAGCCGGGGGCCGGUUGGCGCUGCCGUGAAGGUUCUUGAGUGUGGAGUCUGUGAAGAUGUAUUUUCUUUGCAAGGUGACAAAGUUCCCCGGCUGCUUUUGUGUGGCCAUACUGUCUGCCAUGACUGUCUUACCCGGCUUCCCCUUCAUGGUAGAGCAGUUCGUUGUCCUUUUGAUCGACAAGUUACAGAACUAGGAGAUUCUGGUGUUUGGGGCUUGAAAAAGAACUUUGCUUUGUUGGAACUGUUGGAACGACUGCAGAAUGGACCUGCUGGGCAGUGUGGGACAACAGAAGAGGCUAUUGGCCUAUCUGGAGAGUGUAUCAUCCGUUGUGAUGAAGACGAAGCCCACGUUGCCUCUGUUUAUUGUACUGUCUGUGCCACUCACCUGUGUGCAGACUGUUCCCAGCUUACUCACUCUACCAAGACACUAGCGAAACACAGGCGUGUGCCCCUUGCUGAUAAGCCUCACGAGAAGACCAUGUGCUCCCAGCACCAAGUGCAUGCUAUUGAGUUUGUUUGUUUAGAAGAGGGCUGUCAGGCCAGUCCCCUUAUGUGUUGCGUCUGCAAAGAAUAUGGGAAGCAUCAAGGUCAUAAGCAUUCUGUCUUGGAACCAGAAGCGAACCAGAUUCGUGCAUCCAUUUUAGACAUGGCCCACUGUAUAAGAACUUUCACAGAAGAAAUCUCAGAUUAUUCCAGAAAAUUAGUUGGAAUUGUUCAGCAAAUAGAAGGAGGAGAACAAAUAGUUGAAGAUGGAGUUGGAAUGGCCCAUACAGAACAUGUACCAGGGACUGCAGAGAAUGCUCGCUCAUGUGUCCGAGCCUAUUUUUCUGAUCUUCACGAAACCCUUUGUCGUCAGGAGGAAAUGGCUCUUAGUGUUGUUGACGCUCAUGUGAGAGAGAAGUUGAUUUGGCUUAGACAACAGCAAGAAGACAUGACCAUCCUGUUGUCACAGGUUUCAACAGCUUGCCUUCAUUGUGAAAAGACUUUACAGCAGGAUGACUGCAGAGUAGUGUUGGCCAAACAGGAAAUUACAAGACUACUAGAGACAUUACAAAAACAGCAGCAGCAGUUUACAGAACUUGCAGAUCACAUACAGCUGGAUGCUAGCAUACCUGUCACUUUUACAAAGGACAACAGGGUACAUAUUGGACCAAAAAUGGAGAUUCGGGUUGUUACUUUAGGAUUGGAUGGAGCUGGCAAAACAACUAUUUUGUUCAAGUUAAAGCAAGAUGAAUUCAUGCAGCCUAUUCCAACAAUAGGUUUUAAUGUUGAAACAGUAGAAUAUAAGAAUCUGAAGUUUACUAUUUGGGAUGUAGGAGGAAAGCACAAAUUGAGGCCCUUGUGGAAGCAUUAUUACCUCAAUACACAAGCGGUGGUGUUUGUUGUUGAUAGCAGUCAUAGAGAUAGGGUCAGCGAAGCACACAGCGAACUUGCAAAAUUGUUAACAGAGAAGGAAUUGCGGGAUGCCUUGCUGUUGAUCUUUGCCAAUAAGCAGGAUGUAGCAGGUGCGCUUUCAGUGGAAGAAAUUACAGAACUGCUGAGCCUCCACAAACUCUGCUGUGGCCGGAGCUGGUAUAUUCAGGGUUGUGAUGCCAGAAGUGGUACAGGACUUUAUGAAGGAUUGGACUGGCUUUCAAGGCAACUUGUGGCUGCUGGUGUCCUGGAUGUGGCUUAGUUUCAGAGCAGUCGCAAUUAAAGGUUGUAGUUAAUUCUUUUGUUUUGUUCGCACGAUUUAGGAUGUUGUAGAUGGGUCUGCUGUCUGAAGAGGGGACUUUAUUUCACUUGGUGGUUACAGAAAAAUAUAAGCCUUUCAUCCUAGAUUUGAUAAUUGGUUCAGUAAAUUUGUGCAAUUGUUACAGUGUUUUUGAAAUCUGUUACGUUUACAAGUAAUGUGAUGGGCUAGUUACAAGGGUGCCUUGAAAUUCUUUCUCGUGAAAUUAGGCUGUUGCAAUUCUUCCCUGAUAAGUACAUGCAUUGGAAUUCAUCUGAUAAUCAUGACAUGCUCACAAUAGCUAAUUGAUACCAGAAAAUUUGAGUGAUUUAGAAAUACUUCCCCAAGAAACCAUUCUAAAGUUCCUCUCAAGCUAUUUAGAAUAGUCAACUCUGGCUGUUGGUCAGAAACAAAUGGUGCUACUCUUAAUAUCUUAAAAAUGCAUUCACCUGAAGUUGGCAUUGAAAAUUACAUGUCAAUAUGCUGCAAGAGAAAAGUAUCAUUUCCCUCUGCCUCUUAUUUAUUAGCUAACCUGUUUGUUACCAGAAAGAAAGGGAGCAUAAUUUAUUGAGGGGGAAUUGAGAAUGGGGAACAGUGUCGCACUGCUAGUGGGCUGUGGCAUUGGCUAGUGUGUGCGCUUGGUGUGGUGGGGGAAGAGUUGUUUAAAGUGUGCACAUGCUAAAUUACUUAUGGACAGAAUAUAGUGAUACUGAGGUUGAAGCAUUUUGUGUAUGCUUAAGGACAUAAUCUGUCUUUAGAGAUUAAAUUAGAGAUUUAAGUUUUGACUCAAAGUCAAAUGAAGCUUAAAAUUCCUAAAAAAAAAAAAAAAAAAAAAAGCAGUGUGGUGUAACAUCAGUCCAACUAUGUACUUUUAUGUAGAGGUCACGCUUCCAGAAUAAGGUGGUAGACUUAAAAUAUUGAAUAACCUGUAAUUAAAUAACUGUAAAAGCAGUGUACAACUAAUUAUAACUCUUACUUAGAACAGCAGAUGGUAAAAUGUGAUGUAAACCUUCCGUAUUUAGAUUCUGUUCAUUCUUACUAUGUCUUCUACAUGAACUGUCACCAAUGCCUCUAUUUUUAAAGGUAAUUUGUUCGCAAACCCAUGAAAUAUGGAUGUAGCACUGUUUAAAUUUAGAGAAGGUUGGAGUGACUUACUGAUGUCUCCUUUUCUGCUGCGCACACAGUUCAGCUAACUUCUCUGUCUGGUAUGCACACCUAGUAUAGAAUCUUCUGGCCCUUCUUCAGCUGCGCAGCCAUUGCCAGCUGAAGAACCCAUGCCAUGCACCUCUGCACAUCGGUAGAGGAGUUGCUGUGAGCAUAGCCAAUAGAUCACAAUUGCCUAUCACCAUUUUUCUUCCGGGGGUGGAGAUGAAUAGGGAGAAUCAGCAGAACUGAGCAGUGUUGUUUCACAGAGUUUUUUGCCACACUGAAAAGCCUGUUUAUCUGGCAAGGGCUCUGAACCUCAUCUGGAGAAGAAAUGUAUCCCAUCAUCUGUGGCUAUGACUUUUAUUGUACUAGUGUGGAUUUUCUGACAUUUUCCUACUACAUACAUUAGGUAAAGCUAAGAAUGUUUGAACAAGUAAUUUAGUAUAUUUGCACUUCAAGAGGAAGCAGUUGUGGUAACUACUCCCUCCUAAUGACAAUUGCUUAUAGCUUUCUCUUGUUACUUAAAUUUCACAAAAAUGGUGUUAAAUGCAGCUUCAGAUUUAGCAAGUCUAAUGACUUGAAGAGCAGCUGAAAAAAACACUAAGCUUUAAAGUAGGUAUUUGUGAAAUAGGCUUACAUGCUUACAGACAUGUACAGAUACUGAGAACAGGUAGUUACUCUUUCUUUGGAAAACACCUGAUAACUUUUAUACAUAGUUUACAAUGGCUGAAGGGUGCUUUGUUGCAUCAUGCCAACUAAAAAUUGUUCCUCUUUCCCAGCCUGCAACUUCUUGCACAGUAGACAGUUGGCUGUUCUGACCUGAGUAUUUGCUUGGGCUGUACUGCAGAGCUGUUCCAGAUCUAGUUAGUGCUGACUGUCCUUUUAUAGCUCUAUUUUUAAAAUAAGAACAAGUUCUGCUAAGUGUGGUAGAUACUUUUCUGGAAUACUUCUAACAGAAAAGACAUGCAUUCUUUAGAAAAUCCUGAAUCUGAAAUUUUGUUUUAGUUGGCUCAAGCUUUGGUUACACAAGCCUCUCAGACUGUUAGCCGUAGUUCUAAUUAGAACUUUAAAAUGUUCAAGGUGACCAGUUUGCUUUUUUUGUAACAGUACAUUUGGGGGCAGAGAAAGAUACUGACUCAUGCAUAUUUUUGAAUACAAAAGAAUUGCUUGUGACACGUGUGGAAUGCUACCAUUAAAGUGUUUUUAAGUGGAACUUAUUUAAGAUGACUUCAAGUGACUGUGAAAAUAAGUGUUGCGUUUGUCUGUGAACUCUUAUGUGUUAACAGGUACACUAAGAGGUUUAUUUGUAUUAUAAGUUAAUACUAUAUAUAAACUGCUUCAGUUGUAAAUUUAAGCUUGUUUCACCAUUUUUAUUGAACUUCUAGUUUUUAGUGUACUGACUUACACAAUGUGCAACUGAAAUAUUUCCUCAACUAGAGCUUACUCUACAUGGAUUAUUUAAAAGACUGAACAACUUCUUGUAAGAUUUUGACUUAAAUGUGAACCCGAGUAAAUACAGCAUUCAGUGGU